GAGCGCUUGCAGCACCGAAGAUCUCCUGGCCGAAGCGCAGCGGAUCAACGCGGAGCUCGCCGCGCGCAACGUUCACCACCCGCCGCCGAAUGGAGGAUUCGCAGAGGUGGAAGGUCUCAUGCCCGAUGCGGCGUCCUUUGCUGCCCGCCAUGGCUUAGACAUCAAAGUGCAGCAGGCCUUGGCGUUCUUGGAUGCCGAGGCACAGUGCAUCGCCAUCGGCCUGGUUGACCUCCAGGCUGCGCGAAACCCUUCGGCCGUGAUGUGGGGCAUGGUGAAGAGGUUACAAGAAUCCAGAGCUCAGGUCAAGCAAGAGUUCGUCGAGAAAUGCUUGGAUCAACAG